AACUUUCUCACUGUUGACAUAGAAACUAAAAACUCGAACUUUCCCUUUUCUCUGCCGAACAGUCCGUACCUUCGUCUCAAAGAUUUUCAAGUCUUUUGGAUCUCAAAUGAGCAACGAAUACGAUUAUCUGUUCAAACUUCUGCUUAUCGGCGACUCUUCCGUCGGAAAAUCAUGUUUACUUCUCAGAUUCGCCGAUGAUUCUUACGUGGAUAGCUACAUCAGUACCAUCGGUGUUGAUUUCAAAAUCAGAACUGUGGAGCUGGAUGGCAAGACGAUCAAGCUGCAAAUUUGGGAUACUGCUGGACAGGAGCGUUUUCGGACUAUCACGAGCAGUUAUUACCGAGGAGCCCAUGGGAUAAUUAUAGUCUACGAUGUUACUGAGAUGGAAAGCUUCAAUAAUGUCAAGCAAUGGUUGAAUGAGAUUGAUAGAUAUGCUAAUGACAGUGUAUGCAAGCUUCUGGUCGGCAACAAAUGUGAUUUAGUUGAGAACAAGGUUGUUGACACUCAAACAGCGAAGGCUUUUGCUGAUGAACUCGGGAUUCCUUUCCUGGAGACGAGUGCUAAAGAUUCAAUCAAUGUGGAGCAGGCUUUCUUAACCAUGGCUGCUGAAAUCAAGAAAAAAAUGGGUAGUCAACCAGCUGCCAACAGGUCAACCGGAACCGUUGAAAUGAAGGGACGGCCGAUCGAGCAGAAGAACAACUGCUGUGGCUAAUUGACCAUGUAAGCAUUUAACUCUGUUUUAGAGAGACCAUAAACAUGUUGCAUAUCAUAUGAACCUGUCGGAAACUAAAAGUGUUAGCUGUUUGAACCCUCUGUUGUAAGCGCAAAUUGUAAUGCUCGUUAAUAAUUGGCAUAAUAACAAAAUACCUCCAACGUUGGCAUA